AUGGAUCAAAACAGACGCUGGGUAAAUCCAAUCCCAGGGAUCCCGAUUACGAGGAGAGUGAACAAUGCCGGCCGAUCCACCAUCUCCAGGCCUCCGCGCGCCACGCCCGGCCAUCUCCGUAGCCUCUCUGAUACGUCACAGCUAUUUAUGACGACAGCGCCUUACAAUCAAUCCACUGCUAAAUGUGGCGGUGAUGACGGCCCACAAAACCCAAUAAACAGCUACAUCCCCCCUUACCUCCUCCUCUCAAACACCCACGCCCAACUCCCCCUCCUUCCCUCGCAGCUUGACAUGAAAAAUUGCAGACCUUCGAAACUCAACCUGAACCACUCCUGCACUUGCGUAACCUACGCUGGUCCUGCUGACGGCAACGAGAAGGAUGCCGCCGCUGUCCGAGCCAACGAGCCCGUUCCUAGAUGUUCCGGCAUCUAUUAUUUGGAGUUUGAAAUUCUGAAUAGGGGCGACAAGGGUUAUAUCUCCAUUGGCUACGGUAAUAAGAUGUUCAAACUAACCAGAUUGCCCGGUUGGGAGUCCUGUUCAUGGGGUUAUCACGGCGACGAUGGCUGCUUCUUUGCCCAAGCAAGCGACGGCUCUAAAUUUGGUCCUGAGUACUCUACAACCUCUGGCAGCGUUAUUGGUAUGGGUUUCGACUUUACCCAGAACAAAUCCUUCUACACUAUCAACGGCACCUUCAUCGCAUACGCCCCAGACCCUCUCCCUUCUCCUCAAAUCUGUCCAGACAUCUACCCCUGUAUCGGUCUACGCUCCGAUAACGAGUCUGUCUCUGUAAACUUUGGUAUCGACCCUAGAUCUCCCUUCCGUUUCGAUAUUGACGGUUACGUUAAGCGUAAGAAGUGGGAUGUUAUCGCACAAGAGAUCGACAACCGCGUCGUUGAUUGGCGUGUCGAUAAUGAGUCACGUAACGUCGAGUUUGUCCACACACCCGAUGAAAUGCGCAGCGUACUCGGUGAUCGCUACACUUAUGGCUCUGCUCAAGACGAUGAUCUUAGUUUGCCCAUGGGUGAGCUUGUGAUGGAGUAUCUUGUUCAUUCCUCGUAUGCACAAUCUGCACGUGCCUUUAACCAGGCUUUGGAGAUGGAGAAUAAGGGGAGUAAAGUGCCUAUAGGUGGAGUUGCUAGUGGUUUUAGUGGUGCAAUGCAAGUAGAUCAAUCUCAGUCAAGCUCUCACUCCCACUCUCACUGGCUUCACUCCUUAGAUGAAGCAGCUAAUGCAAGUAGAGGCACACGCAAUGCAAUCCUCGCAGGCGAUAUCGAACUCGCCAUGUCUGAACUACGUGCGCGCUGGCCGGCUGUUUUGAUCGACAACACCACAUUAGCGUUCGAGUUAUUUCUGAGAAAGUUUGUCGAGCUAGUGAUUAAGGCGCAUGGCACGACGAAUGUGGAUGAUGUAAACGAUGAUGGUGAGGAGGGUAACCAGGGUGAAGAUGGUAAGGGUAAGAAUGCAAAUACUAUCGCCAACUCCACCACAUCUACCACAGACGCUCCCUCGGAAGAUAUGGAAAUGCUCCAAUCGCCCGUGUUUCCUCCACAAAUUCCACCACUAGAGUUGCCACAUCCUGAUCUGAUGCGCGCUCCUUCCCCCGCACCUCAUCUCAGUCCACUCGAUAAAGCACUCGCUGCAGGAAGAGCAUUACAGGCCAAAUAUCCACCGCAAACGUAUCCAGAAUUCCAGGAAAGGAUGCGUGUUGCAUUCGCGUUAGUAGCGCAUGAUCAUAUCGAAAUCGCGCCGCGCGAGUCACUCGAUUUGUUCGACACACAAGAGCGGCAAAGAUUGUGGGAUGCGGUAGAGAUGGCGAUAAAUGACGCCCAAGGCAAACCCAAUCAGAGCGCACUCGAACUCGUCGUCCGGCAAGCUGGCGCAUCUGUCUCGCAGGCUGCACUCAUGGGAGAUGGUAAAGCGGCGUAUAUUGAUAUAGAGGAUUAUAUAAAAUAA